CCUCCAGCCAGUUCAACAGGAGAGUUGUAUUGUUCUCUGCCCAACCCCAGGAAUGUACAUUUUGAAUCUGUAAACAUGAGGAAUGUCCUUCACUGGUCACCACCAGAAGGCGCAGGAGAUGGAGUACUCUACAAGGUGAAGUAUCUAGUAUACGGUGUUGGCAAAUGGAUUAGAAAGCCAGAAUGCAGGAAUAUCAACAGAACAUGGUGUGACCUCUCCAGUGAGACCUCUGACUAUGAAGAACAAUACUAUGCAAGUGUUAAAGCCUUCCUAAAUGGGAUGUGCUCUGACUGGAUAGAGACCACACGAUUCAACCCUCUUACAGACACUAAAAUUGAUCCGCCCAUGGUAAGUGUAUCUUCUACCGAGAAAUCUAUUUCAGUCAUUCUCACUGCUCCUGAGAAGUGGAAGAGAAGUCCUGAGGGAGAAUCUGUAUCUCUGCUUCAAGUGUAUCCUGGCCUGCAAUACAACGUGUCUGUCCUCAACAAAAAAACAAAGAAGCGGUGGUGGUUCUCCAUCAGCAACAACACCUUGGUUGUGCCCUGGUUAGAACCAGGAACAUCUUAUUGUGUCAGCGCACAGAUACAUGUCACCACACCACUUUUGUACAGUGGGUUCUCCAAAGAAUAUUGCAUUGAUACCUUGAAAGAUAAAACAGCAGAUGAGACUAUAACGAUCAUACUUGGACAUGUUCUGCCUGUCAUACUGGCUGUCCUUUUUAUUUCAAUUACCUGCUAUUGUGUGCACAGGUAUAUUCAUGUCAGCAAGCAGAAGCAUCCAACAAACCUGGUAUGGCACUACACUGACAAAUGCAAUGAAAUGGUUUUCAUACCACGUGAAAAAAUAGUGGUCAACCUUAUCAGUGUUAAUGUGGAUGAUAACAAGGCAUCUCAGGAAUCCAGUCAUCUAUCAGAAAGGAAAAGUCCCCAUUAUUACACUGUUUACAGUGACACAGAAGGGAAGGAUUUGCCUUCAAAAGAAGUGCUGGAAACAAAACACUUGCUUGAUAUUUCACAUGAAGAGGGUAUUUUAGUGGAUGAGGACCAAGCUGGGAACUGGCCAUCUUACGGCCAGCCUGGAACAAAGAAUGCUUUGAGACAGAAAAAUGCAGGGACUGUAGAGUAUGAACAUGAUGUAAGGGCUGAAGACUUCAGUCUUGGUCAGAAACUAGAAGAGAAGACUUCUGCCCCCAGGGGACUAAUAGGUGAGCCACAGAUUGCUUUGGGGGACUUGGUUAAUAUGAAAACAGGACAGCCAUAUUGCCCCCAACUAGAGGUGAGGGCAGCAGACCCCUGUUUGGGACAGAAAAUAGAGGAACUUAAUUUGAAGAUGAUUGAUGCAGCAGAUGAAUUGCUGGGUGAGACACGUAUCAACUUGGCGGACUUGGAUACUGAAAAAUCUGGGCAGACAUCCUAUCCUCAGCUGGAAAAAAUAGCACAGACCGUAUUACUAGAUUGGGAUCCUCACACUGGAAGACUGUAUAUUCCUACCUUGCCCAGUGUUGAAAAUCAGGUGUGUGAAGGAGUGUUCAAGUGUGAUGACCCUGACAAAAAGGGUAUUUUGUCCAGACUGUAUGAGAAAGAGGUAUCUGAUGAAUCAUCAGAGGACCAAGAAAUGUAUCUCCUGCAAUUCAAGGAACAAUGGGGACUGCACGUAGAAAUGGAAGACUGA